ACCUAUGCAUUGGGGCCUCUUUUAAUUAAUACAAAAUUGAGGUUACAUCUUUUCAAAUGUUCCUCAAUUAAUAUAUAAGGGAUAUAUAAACUACUAUUUCGUUGGGCUGUGAGAAAAAUAUAAUUUGACAAUGAUAUAAUCAUACAGAAAAAAUAUUGUCAACAGAAAAAUAGUAAAAAGUUUAUGUAUUACAGUUUAAGACCAAUCUUCUGUGAGAUUUCCUCUAACUAACAAAUGAAUGGAUAAAAGGGAUAAAAAAGAAUUUUUAAGUCACUUAAAGUAUUCAUUGUUGAUGAGACAUCCAUAUGUUUUAUGUAUGUAAAACCUAGUAUAAGAUUAAAUAACAUCCACAAAAAUUAUAUUAAGAUAGCACUAAAUAAUUAAGUAGAAAAAUGAACUUAGUUAUUACUAGCACUUCUACACAAAUUAUCAAAAGAAAAACAAAACAAAAAAGCUGCGCAGAAAUAAUAAUGAAGUGUUUUCACACAAUUAAGCCGCAAAUCAUCCAUUCAUUUAAAGUAUUUUAAGACAAAUGACUUAUAUUCUAAUAAAAUUGCAAUGCUGCAUGAGAAGACUCGCGCACAUUCAUGGUAGAUUAUAUACCCUUUAGUGUUUGGAACUUUGGAUGGAAGGGAGAAAUAAAAAAAACAUCUGUUUUUGUGCAUGAGGGACCAGACCCUUGUCCCUAAAUUUUAUAAUAUAUUUUUUCUGACGAUUUUUAUUAAAAAAAUAAUUAUUUAAACGUGAGUAAAACAAAAAUAGAUCAAACGAGACAAAAGAUAGCGGCCCACCAGGGAGGCUUUAUCUUGGCAGUAUUAAAACUGUGACAUGCUGCUUAGAGCAUGUGCAUUGCGGACGCUUAAGGCGUUGCUUAGCCUAAUUUUCAUUAAAAAGAAAAUCAAAAAGACUUGAUAAUAGAAGCGUCGUAGCUUAAUUAAGGUCCAGAAGGAAUGUUGCUUACGGACACGUGUGGGCAAGUGAGUGGAGAGAGAGGAGAGGUGGCUUCGUCACUCUUCGUGAACUCUCCCGUGUGACGAUGGAGCUCGUCUGCGAGAGUUUGGGGUUCAAAGGCAAAGGAAUCUGCAAAGUCCACGGCACAGUCUUCGUCGUCAUAUGCGACCGUGCUCUUCCCGGCGAGCGUUUCCUCGGCUGCGUCACUCGCCGCAAAGGCAGCUACGCCGAGGUGACAAAGAUCAAGACUUUAACUCCACACCGUGACUUAGUAGAAGCUCCGUGUGAGUAUGCUUCCUACUGUGGUGGCUGCAAAGCUCAGAACCUCUCCUACGAAGCUCAGCUUAGAGCUAAAGAUGAACAAGUUCAUGAGCUUAUCACGCAUGUCGGAAGGUUCUCUGAUAACAGUCCUGGUCUCGAAACGGUCUUGAAGGCUAUUGUUCCCUGUGAUAUCCAGUUUUGAUUUGUUCUGUGGAGAGAAACAUGAGGAAGGUUCAUCGAUACUAUUGCAAUAGAGGUUUGUUUUACUAAUUCUUCUGAUGCUGUAGCUUCUGUAGAUUAAUAUAAGUUUGCCAAACAGGUGUGUAAGUGUGGUUAAUGUUAGAUAGAAAAGUGUUAGUGUGAUAAAUGAGUUAGAUAGAAACCAUUGUGUAAGUGUGAUUAAUGAGAUAGAUAGAAACGAAUGUGUAAGUGUGGUUAAUGAGUUAGCUAAAUGUCAAGUCCAUUUGGUUGUGUGUGUGUGAUGAAUGCAUUUCUCUUUUUCUCCUCUAUUAAACUGAAUCCUUCUUUUGUUCCAUCUAUCAAAAGAAGAAGCUCAUCUGUUUAAGUGUAUUUUUAAGGUUUCUUGAGUUGUUUGUUAUAUGUUUCAUGUUCUUCAUUGUUGUCUGUUUCAUGUUUAGUUUAGGAGAAUGAUGUCUUGUUUGUUGUUAUGUGCUCUGUUUCAUGUUUAAGUAAUGAGAAUGAUAACUUGUUUGUUGUUC